AUGACAACCUCCCAAAAGCACCGGGACUUCGUGGCGGAGCUCAUAGGGGAGAAGCCUGUGGGGAGCCUGGCCGGCAUCGGUGAAGUCCUGGGCAAGAAGCUGGAGGAGAGGGGCUUUGACAAGGCAUAUGUGGUCCUUGGGCAGUUUCUGGUGCUAAAGAAAGAUGAAGACCUCUUCCGGGAAUGGCUCAAGGACACAUGCGGUGCCAACGCCAAGCAGUCCCGGGACUGCUUCGGGUGCCUUCGCGAGUGGUGCGAUGCCUUCUUGUGA